AUGAAUGAGCGCUUCUUCUGGAUUCAGGAGCUUCCUAAUCUCAACUCCUUUUGCUCCAAAUUCGGUAUUAGAUUGUACCCGUUGCUGGCAGACAAAGCGCAGAGUGAGAUCCGCAGCUGGAACAAAAAGCUUUGCGAAAAGGCUUACACCACGAUACCAUCAUCCUCCCAUGAGUUCUGUCAACCUGCAAAUGAAUCCGUUCUCUUCAACGCCUUUCGCACUGGCCUCCAAAGAGAAGCGACAAAGGAAGGCUCGGCCCUUUAUGGGUUACCUCUGAGCGGGCAGAAAUCAAUCCUGGCCUGCGAAGUUUUAGACACAAUUCUAGGUGGCCACGAAUCCAUGGCAUUUGCGUUUACGCAUCUGGUCUGGCGCUUGACACAAUUUCCCAAAGUCCAGGAUCAAUUAAGAGAAGAGUUGCUGGCAAUGAAAGUCGGCGAUAAAUGUGACAACACUCUCGGCACUGCGAAAGCACUGGAUUCUUUGCCGAUAUUGCAUUCCGUCGUCAUGGAGACCUUGCGGGUGGACGCGCCUAAUCCGGGACCCCAGCUGCGGGAAACAGCAUAUCCAUCAUGUAAAAUUGGCAAGUAUGAAAUUCCAGGCGGCAUCAAUGACGACAACGAUGGUUGCCGCGGAAAACACGGCCCAAAUGCCACCUUUGUGAUAAAGAAGGCCGCCCAUAAUCGGUGCGACUAUAUCACCAAAGGCUAUUACAGAGAAGAUCUUGAUGCAUCCGGCGUUAGCCCGGACCGCGAAGAUGUUGACAUUUGGGAAUACAAACUGUUCCAAUGA